GCACCGGGACACUGGACCAUGUAUUAAACCAUAAAACGAAAAGGAAAGGAGAGUAAUCGCGAUUUUCUCUGGUUCUUGGUGGAUGGAGGAUCCGUCAUAUUAACAUAUCGGGACUAGGGGCGAGGACGUGGACUGGUCGGGAUCCUGGACGGCUUUCCUGAUUCUUCUUGUCUCUUUCUCUUCCCUCUCUUCUUUACUCUCUCUUUCUCUGGGCUUGUCGCCUUUUCCAUUCUUGUCCCACUUCUUCCUCUGCAUGUUUCUCUCGUCCCGAUUCUACUUAUCUUCAGCGGCCCUUCUGUCUUUCCUUCUCUUCUCUUCCUACCUCCUUGAUUACCUUUUUGGUUUUCUUUGCUUUAUCGCAUUCUGCUCCUGUACAUCUUCCACACAUCAGUGUUCCGUUUCCCCUGCUGUUGCCACGGACUUCUUUCACGUCCACUUAGUAGUCUAUUCUGGUCAUCUUUCGGGGCCUGUCGAUCUUGAUAUUCCUCCCGCACAUCUGGUGCAUUUCAUUUUCCGACAUUGGCACAACACUGAUUUUCCCACUCCCUUGCGGGAAUUAGAGGAGUCUCAACGGGGGAGAAAAGAAAAGAGGAAAGUUAUUACCGACCACUGGGAUCCGCCGUCAAAGUAUCACUUUCAGUCCUUCGUGCGGUCAACACCGCACCACAGGGCCUUUUCGUCUCCCUUCCGACUUUGACUUCCCCCCCUUCAUAUUCCAUUCGGUUGAUCCAUACGACCAUUACAUCCGCCCAUCUGCAAACUCACGCUUAUGAGGGCUCGACUAACCGCUACGGC